AUGGCGCCCACAGAUGAGGGCGAUGUGGCCCCGGUGCCCGUGAUGAUGAAGAAAAAAAAGCGCAACAAAAAGCCUGGUGACGAUGCCGGCUCCCGAUCCAAGGUAUCAUAUUUCAACUUCUCCUUUCCACAUGGUCCAAACCGGGCUCGCACCACGUCUAUGCUCACGUUUGCCGACGAAGAGACUGCAGAUGAUACGCCGACGUUUGUUGUCAAGAAGACGCGCGAAUCGCGCAAGUUUGCCAAGCGAUCCAAACUCCGCGUACCGCAGAGUACCAACCUAGAUGAUGUCGCUCCAGGAGCAGCGGGCGGACCUUCUCUUGGCACCGCAUUCCAAUCGUCUGGCAGCUACUCGAGUGCCGCCCUCUCUGAACUGCGACAACAACAGCAGCGCCCUCCCGAAAAUUUGUCUACGCUACCAGACGAGGAGCUGGAGCCCGCCGCGGAGGUUGCACCAACCGCACCAGUCCCCAGCACCACAGCCAUUCCAACUUCGGAGGACAUUAGUCGUGCGCGCGAACGGCGUCGCGCUGCUCGUGAGCAGCAAGAUUUCAUUCCCCUCGAUGACAAUCAACCACCAUCCAAGCAGUCAUCCGCUGCACGUUCACGGCUGCUGGAAGAGAAUGAUGAUCUUGAUGAUGAUCAAGACCUGGUGUCCCAAAACCUCUCCUUCGAUCAAGCUGCCCGUCGUGAUAACCGAGAUGACCGCCGCCGUCAGAUCGCGGACAGCAUGGCCACCACCUCAUCGGAUCCGGAAGACUUGCCCAUGCCCGAGGCCACUCGAGGGUGGGACCGCCGACAACAGGCUGCGGGCGUUCGAAAAACCGUGGUCUAUACGAACGGCACGGCUCACCUUGCCACCUCAGACCAGCAAGAGGGCCCUGAAACCGUCCGGCCCCAGGUGGACGUGGCUGCCCGAUUGCGAGAUUUACGUCUCACGCAGGAGCGCAUGCACGAAGUUCACCAAGGACAUCUGUUGCAUGCACGCCGCAUCGAUCAUGACAUCCAAGCCCUCGAAGAGCGACUUCCACAUGAAAAGACCGAGGCCGAGGCUGUUGCUGCUCGCUUCAACUUUUUUCAGGAGAUGCGCUUCUUCCUGCGUGAUCUUCUGGCUUGCCUUGAUGCCCACGUGCGUUGGUCUAGGCGGGAAAAGUUACCCGCUUUGUCUUCAACUUUGCCCACCCCUCUCAACUAUUACUCGCUGAUUCGGCUGCUGAUGCACCUGGUCCCGGCCAUCCAAGAUUUGGAAAGCCAGGUGCAUGCUGCUUGCAAAGAGCAAGCCGACAUGCUCAGCGAGCGACGCCGCCAAGAUCUUGCAGCUUGGCAGGCUCGUUUGACACACUGGCGGCUGCGUCGUCCAGAAGUGUUUGCUGCGGCUGGGGAUGCUGGUAGCCUGCCACUUGACGAUGAGCUCACCCCGGCCCAACUGAACAAGUAUCAGACAGCGCGUCGAUCGUUGCUCCUUCAGGGUGAAUCGGUCAUGAGCGACGUGGUGGAUGACUUUGCCAGCAUUCCUGCCAUCGGAGGCCAGUUUGAGACAUGGAAGCAUCGGUACCCGGCCGCCUACCGUGAUGCUUUUGUGAGCGAAUCUGUGGUGAAAAUCUUCCAACCAUUUGUCACCCUCAAGCUUCUCGAGUGGUUUCCCAUCGAUCCCAGCGCACCCCCCGUGCACACCAUGCCCUGGAUGCAAGAUGUUUUGGCCUUUGGUGCCCUUCCUGACGGUCAACCGCCGCCAGCAGGUGAUCCCGAUGAGAAUGUCGUACCCAAGGUGGUCGAGGCAGUGGUCUUGCCCAAGUUGGCUGGCUUUAUCGAGUUUGUUUAUGACAUUUUUUCGCAAGAGCAGACAUCGACGCUGGUGGCUACGUGCGCCGGCGUGGUCCAUGACUUUGAAAUCGGUGAAGGAAGCGCUACGCGUCAACAACUGCACGCGGCCGCGGUAGCGCGACUACGACGGGCCGUGCAAGAGUUUGUGGGCGUUAGCAUCUUUCCACCCGAAGCUUAUGCGCGUUGUCCCGAGGCCACGGCGCUCCAGGCGUACCAGAACGGCCUCUGCCUCAAGAUCAUGCAAAACAUGUUGGCUUGGGCACCUGUUGUAUCACUGUCAGACCUCCAACGUUGCGUCGCCGAGCAGCUGCUGGCAAAUCGAGUUCAUGGCGCUCUAGGGCAUGCCGUGGAUGUUGUGGCAGCCUGCGGUUUCUUUGUGCACUUACUACGCUGCAUCCCGACAACCUGGUGGGCAGCGCCCUCACCAAGCAUGGCACUGCUACGCCAGCGCGUGGCUGACACCAUGCAAACGCUACAUCGGGUCGGGCAAGCUCAGCCCGCCUCUCAGGCUCGAUGCACGGAGCUACGACAGGAGCUGGCUCAGUUUCAGUCUUGA